UGGAGCCCUGGGCUUUGCCGAAGGUGCCCGGGAGUUGUGCAGAACCCCCACGCUGUAUGCGGUGAAGGUGCGCGCCGAGGCCAUGCAAAAGGCGUCGGAAGCCGUCCCCAGCGGAAUGCUAUCAGUUACCGGUCGGCGAGAGGCAAAUUACAAAUUUGCCUGCCUGGAAGCCCGUAAACACUGUGAAUCGCUGGGCAUAGAAAACCCCGUAUGUGAAAUUUCAAACUAUUUGUUUCCAGACAGCAGAGUCAUUGCGGGACACUUACAGGCUUUGGAGUUUUUGCAGGAGAAUGCCAAAAAAUACUAUUUUAUGCGUACAAAAAUGCUUCCAGUCAGCGGGGCUUUUCAUACCAGGCUUAUGGAACCAGCAGUAGAGCCACUGGCUGAAGUCCUAAAAUCGAUUGAGAUUCAGAAACCGCUGGUCUGCGUCUAUUCCAAUGUUGACGGCAAAAAGUACAUGCACUCCAAGCACAUCCAGAAGCUGCUGGUGAAGCAGGUGGUUUCACCCGUUCUGUGGGAACAGACCAUGCAUUCUGUAUACGAAAGAAAGCAAGGAACAGAAUUUCCUUACACGUACGAAGUGGGGCCCGGGAAGCAACUAGGAGCCGUUCUCAAAAGAUGUAAUUUAAAGGCCUGGAAACAAUAUAAGCAUGUAGAUGCUCUGGAAGAUGAGGAAGCAGCAGAGACCUAAGCAGCCUUUUGAGAAAAAUCCACACAACUUGGGGUUUUUUCUGCCCAAUUUAAAAAUAAUUUUGUGCUCCCGGAAGAGGAAGUCUGAAACAUUCAUGGCUCCUCACGACGAAAAGAGCACCAUGCGUGUAAUCGCAGUGAACGUUUUCCUCGCCCAGAAGCAAAGUCUGGCUCUUCCGUCUGUGUCGGGACUGCAGAGCUGCCAAUAAACGCACCAGAUAGUCGCCUCGUUGGCCUCGGUCCUGCAAGCAACUUCCCUUUUUCUUUUUUUUUUUUUUUUCCUUUUUUGAAGUUUUUUGGGGGGUGCGGAUUCAAGUUCAAGUCGGCAGCUUUGGCUGUCUGGUGCAGGGAUCUUCUGUGUGGGUACGGGGGUAGAGCCAGGCCAUCGGCUCCGGGCUGUGGAGGGCUCUGCGCUGGGCUUGAGGGCGCGUUCCGAGGAGCCACCCGGUUGGUGCGGCCUUCGGUACAUUGAUGUUCCUGUUACCCUAACUCGACUGACUUGCGGGACAUUCAUCUGCCUAAAAUUCUUUUUAUUUUGUGUCCGUAUUGCCAGGUAAGGCAGAAGAUGUUAUUAGGAACAUGAUUUUCUUAAGGUUAAACUAUAAAUAAACGAUAAAGCUUU